UGAUAAAGAAGAAGCGGCACAAAACGGAAAACAAAAAUGCAGGCGGGGCGUCGCUUUUCAUUUGAUUGGAAAAACACGAAGUAGAAGCGGAGUAGAAAGCGUGCAACGUGUAAAAGUGGAGCACAUGCAGCUGGUCUAAUCAGCUCCACAAAUACAUAGACUGAAAAAUGGCCACCACUUUUGUGGGCUCAAAGUUCUCCAAACAUGUUAUAGUUGACGAAGAAGAGGGGGAGGAGGAGGAGGAUUCCGCCGAGUCUGGUUCCACAUCGUCGUUCAGUUUGCAGGAGUGCAUCGACGAGUUCAGGGCACGCCGCAUUCGCCGUGUGUCCACUCAAAGCCGCGACUGCGAGACCAACAAUAACCACAUCAACAUGUCCCGACAGCUUCCCCGAGUCCGCAGAACCACGGAUGCGGACCUAAUCAACCAGAAUCGCUGCAACAAGGAGCAGGAGCGCAAGGGGAAGCCGUGCCAGAACGGCUUCUGCUACUGCUUUACCAGCGACAGCGGAGACUGCGGCUCCACGGCGCCGCCACGUGACCAGCACGUGCGACUACCGAGGCGCAGCAGGCGAUCUGAGAGCGCCAAGCCCGCCAAGCAGAACAAUCUCGGCAGCCAGCGGCAGCAGGCGGAGAAACUUCGUCGAAGCGAGCCGACCAGCAUAAAUUCUGGCUUCAAAACUCCCUUAACUGCUGUCAGUCGCUUGAGAGCCGUGGCCGGCGAGGAUGAACCGCUUAUACACAUCAUCCAGGAGCUGCACGACAACUGUGUGGUGUCCGAGGUGCGCGUGAACCGCCACAAGCUGUCAGAUUCUGGCUCCAGUUGCCGGCACAGGAGCGCCAAGAGAGAGCCUACUAAAAUGCUUUCAUACGAACCCAUAGCCUAUAAGCCCUCAGCUCCUGUUUUGUCUAACAUCAGCGAACAGGAAUCCGCUGUGGAGGAGGAGCAGGUGAAAGAAGAGCUGGCCACCGAGCCCCCAAGUCGCAGGAGCUCUCGCUCUAGACGCAGUUCCGGAGCAGGUGGACGCCUGCUGCAGAAGCGCCUCUCGCAGGGUCAAGUCAGCUUCAAGGCACGGGACUCGCAGCUGCCGCCUCCGAAGCCGCCGCGUCGCAGCUCCCAAAGUCUGGAUGGGAAGCUAUCGCAAUCCUCGCUCACCUCCACGAAUCCUUCGGUGCGGGAGGCCGAGCGAGUGCUGGACGAGUUUCUGCGCAAGCGUGGCGUUCAGGUGCCUACGAACAACUUGGAGCCUUCGCGCAAAAAGGACAGCAAGCGCAGAUCGUUUCCCAUGGCUGAGGCAGAAAAGCCCAGGCAUCCCAGGAGCCACAAGCAACUGCCCACCUGCCCCUCACUCAGUGACAUUGAGCGCGUGGUGGAGUCCAAGCGGGGUUCAAAUUACACCCGGAAUAUUCGGCAGGAGAGCAGUCGCAAAGGAGCGCACACCAAGGAGGUUAUUAUUGGCUGGACAGAGCCCAAGAUCACCGAUAUGCUCAACUUCGAGGGCAAGACAGCCAGCGAGUUUAGGACGCCGGCGGAACCCCAAGUGGCCAUUGGAUGGCAACUGCCUAAAGCGCAGCCGCACCCCGUAGUGCCAAAGGUUUCCUUGGACACUGUUGACGGAAGUGUUUGCGAGAACCUGGCAUCGAAUAUGAUGCACAAGGAGACGCCCAUCAAGUAUCCCAGUCGAGUUAGCACGGCAGGAGGUCAGGCCAGCCAGAAGUUCAUCUGGGGCGAGCAGUGGCGGAAUCUAUCUCCUUGGAAGGGUAACAAACCGAAGAACCUUGGAAAGAAGUCCAAGAACUUCCUGAACAACUCCAAAAAGAAGAUCCUGCGCUUCGUCUCGCCGAAGAAGUCUAAUCAGGAGGAUCACACGCAGCUGGAUCAGCAUAGAUUCACUCCCCAACAGUGCACUAUUGGCGUACAGACCUCUACCUCGCAGCUGGACUUGCAGUCACAGUCUCCGCCGGGAAGCUACCACUCCCCCAUGCAGACCACGCCCUCGGCUACUACCACAUCCACCCGCCAACAGCUGGACACGGAGCAGCCGUACUUCGAUUUCGAACGCAAGGUGAAGGCGCCGACUCCGCCCAAGAAGCUGCCCCGUGCCAACAGAGCCCGCAAGCUGGACUUUCAAGCAGCAGCAGCACCCACCACCUAUCGUUCGUAUCACAAGGAUCUCGACCAGGAUGUCACCAUCACCAAAAUGGGCUAUCUGCUCAGCAGCAUCAGGGCCAAGCUGGAGGCCAGCGAUGAGCAGGCAGUGAGAACCUUUCAGAACUGCUCACGCCGCUUUGACCGCCAUGAGCCUCAGAUCAGCCAUAUUCAAACCGAGAGCUACGACUGCACAGACGGACCCAGCAGUGGGGCAACCACAUCGUUGGCCACCACACGGCAACAGCGCGAUCUCGACAGCGAGCCCAUUUACUCGGAGAUUGAGGAAGACUGCCUUCGAAUUAGAGGGAGUCCGCACCACGAGGUUAGGACCGCUGCACAGAUCAUAGACCACACGCCGACUCCUACGGAAAGCUCCACCGCGUAUGUGAGUGAGUCUGUGCCUGCUCCGUCGCCCUCGCGCGAUGACAUCAGUGCCAUGUACGCCAGGGUGCAAAAGACGCCGAAGAACUCACCGCAAAUGAAGCCACUGGUUAAGCCUCAGAUCAGUUUCCAAGCCAUUCAGCCACAGAAGAGUACUCAUUCCCUUUCGCCGCCUAUAACAACACCUAUUGUUCUUGAUCAGGCGGUACAACCUAAGAGCUGCGCCCAGUCGAAUCCACCGCAGCUAAGCACCCAGAUAGUUUCACCACAAUCAACUGCCCCUCAGCAGCCUGUAGCUUUGGGUCACUUUCUCCACGAAUCCCUGAAGAACGGCAACUUCUUUCAGUUCAUGCCUCUGCCCGAAGAGCCGAGUGGAACGGAAUCCUCCUGCUCAGCCAGUCAGACCACUGAUUCCUCUGUGGUUCGCCAGCCGAAGUCAAAGUUGCCUCCGCCACAUACCCACCAAUCCUUAAACAAUAUCAGUGAGCAACACUCGCCGCCCAAGCAGAACCGGAAUCUUUCUCGUUCAGAACUCUCUCUGCAGCGCAGCGAGAUCUUCUUGGACAAUCUGUGCCGCAGUGAACUGGUGUUGGAUCGCCUGGAAAAGGUGCCCAAUAACACUUCCAAUGUGGAUUCCGUUUCGUACGACAUGCCUGAGCAGCUCUACGCAGAUUAUAGCUUGGUUGGAGCGGGCAGCGCCGGCAGCUCCUUCAUGACCAACGAUUACGCCUCCGGGCAAAUCGAACCUGAACCGGCCAACCAGAGUACGCCGAAAAAGAAGCAGAGCCAGCGCUUUACAACCAAGCCCGCUUCCAAUUUGACCAUAGAAAUUCAUGAUGGCCAAGCCACGUCGCUGCGCCAUUUUGGUAACAAUCUGAGCAUCAGUUGCCCCACAACUCCCCAGCAGGCGGAGGCCUCGCAGGCAGUGGAUCCCUCUGUCCUGCACAACAGCAGCAGUUUGGGUGAGCUGAUGCAGACGGUGCCCAAUCCCAGUGACAGCCAGCUGAUGUCAGUCAGCGCCCUCGCUCGCUACCGCCUCCUGAAGAAUGCCCUUCGUCGUUCGUACCGCAAGGGAAAGGACUUCUUCCUGGCGGAGAAGCAGCGCCUGGCUCAGAGCCUCAAUCUCUCGAGGGACCAAUCGAAUCAGACGGAUGGGGAGCUGGAUAGCAGCACCUACUACGCCAGCUUCAACGUGGAUUCCUUGCUAAACGAUUCCCUGAACCCAAACGAGCAGCUGGCCCAAGCUGUGAGCAUAUGUCGGCAGAUGCCGGAAUUGGAGAUCUCUGCGGAGAUGGUGGAGGCGGAGCGACUGUUGCUCUUCUCUACCUUGCGAAAAUCGACUCCACUUGGUGGCCAAUUGAAUGAAGAAGCAUUGGCCGCACGUAGAAAAUCCCAGUGCCUGCUGAUCGACGCCAUGGAACUGCCGGUGAGGGCGGACGUCAGCCGGGAUAUGUUCUUCAACUACCACUACAUCUGCACCUUUGAGUGCGGAGGACGCAUACGAUCCACUCAGUCGGUAGAGUGCCAGAAUGGCUCCGCCUUCUUUCGAGACUGUGGCUUGGAGUUCUACAGUGGAGAAAAUGCGGACUCCUUGGAGCUGCGCUGUCAGAUCUUCAUGCUCCGCCUGCGCAAAGUUUCCACUCUGGCCUUGGAGCCUGCCAAGUCUCUGCGCCGCGGCAGCGGAAACUUAGGUUCCGCCAACUCGAGCUGUUCUGCGGGCUCUGGUGGUGAGCAAAUCAUGUCGCGCUUUCGCUUACAUGCCUCUUUCCAUCUGCGAGCUGUGGAUCUGUCACCAUUUCAACUGGUGACCAAUGAGUCGAGAUCAAGCGACAAAAUCUGCCUGCGCAGUUCACGCUCCUGGCAAGUUCCCCUGAGCACGCACACCAAAUCCACGAAUCUGGGACCUGCCAUAUCUAUUACUGGCAGAGUGGACUUACGGCUGCCCAAGACCCGCUUCUCUGGCUACCUAAAUGUUCAGGAUCCGAAGAGCCAGCACAACUGGAACCGCAGAUGGUGCAGUCUGGAUGGCGUGCGGUUAUCCGUUUGGCAACACGAGGAUAAUCUGGAAAGUGAUACCCCGAUAUUCUCGCUGGAGUUGCCUGGACUCGGACAAUCCCAGAUAGCUGCAGCCCCCCGCGAGCUGUGUGCUCGGGCGAGAAGUUUUCUGCUGCAAGGAAGGGAAUCAGAUUACGAAUCGGGAGUCUUCUUUGCUGCCGAUACGCAAGCGGAGCUCUCGGAAUGGCUAACCCAUCUAAAUGAGGCUAUAGCUUUCGCCAGGCACUGGCUGGACUCCUCCUGACAGCAGCUGCAUUUCCCAACACUUUUUAUUUUUAUAUGUGUUAAAGUUUUCUAUUUAUAUUUGGUUAUAUUUAAAUUGUGCUUAGAUCUUUCCACAAAUUGUAUAUUGUUUGCCAUGCAAACGUGUCGCUCCUUUCAACGCAAUUCUAGCCCUUACGUCAUACGUAUGUGAAUCAACAUUCCUUUCCCUGAGCGGGAUAUAGUCAUUCGAUCUGAAUUAUCUGAAUCCCCAGUGUCCUGCUGGCUUGGCGUUCACGUCACAACAACAACAGUUUAUUACGUACAUAAUUUACAUGGGCUACGAUAAGUUGAUAAGAUACAGAUACGAUUAUAUAUUUGAUAUAGGUUACAAUAUGAUACACAAGUGUUAUAUGCGCUGGUUGCCCCCGGUUAUCUGCGAAAUCGGUUAUCCAUGCUCACGUCCCCACAUCCUCACAUUCGUGCCUAGUUAGUGCCUACUCGUAACUAUUACAUUUAAGUAUAUGUACUAUUUAAGCUGCUUUGUAAUUUCGUUUUCAUUUCGUUUUCGUUUGCUCAUUACAGUGCAAAACAUAA